CCCAACCAGCACUCCAGGUAAAACUGCGCCGUUUUACCUGGUUUUGACUUGAGGGUUUCGGCCUCCCACUCCGGGAGUCGCCUCCAUCUCAGAAUCCCACUCCCUUCGUCUUUUCUAACCCUAGCCGCACGGCCUCCCCCCCACCGGGUCUCGAGGCUAACGAAGCAAAAAUCAGUUAGCCCGCCUCAUCACGGAAUCAGAUUGCGACUCCAUACGUCUCCAUUGCUUGUCUCUGAUCAAUUCACCACACAUGGAGAGACAGAUUCUUCUUCUACUUUCACUAGUUAUAGCAAUUCGAAAUAAAUUGGGAAAACAUGCCAUCUCUUCAAACUGCACUGCCUCCUGAACUUGCCAACAAUGCGAUUAGACUUUACCGUGAAUGCCUUCGAAGAGCUAAAUAUAUUGGUCAUCGGCAACAUAAUACAGAGCUCCUCGUUGCUAUGGUGAGGCAGCAGUUCAAAAGAAACAUGCAAGAGACAGAUCCAGAAAGGAUUCAAAAGUUGAAGGAUGAUGCGGCUAGGGGACUUAUAAAUCACAUACUAUAUGAGUCUGAGAAGAUGUCUGGUCGUAAAUUCAGCAAGAGCUUUUAAUGUUCAGAAGAUCACUGGUAGGCUUCUUGAAGCUGUGAAAACUGCUAAUGCAGACCUUUCAAGUUUAGAAACCUGUAGAACAGUGUUUUACAUACCUGGGUUGCUCUGCAUCUUUAGUUCUUUGGUGUUUAUACUUUUUUCAACCAGGGGAGAUAAUUUUUGAUUGAGUUUUCUUUGUUUCUUGCAAAGGUCAGAUCCGGUUGUCGAGAUCCAUUUUAUAAAGAAUAAUUCAAUUUAUCAUCUUCACAUUAUAUACUACACUUAUUUU